AUGUCAAAUAAUAAUAUUUCUAUUGAAGAAUAUAAUUCAUUACCGACUAAAAAAGAAACUGUAGCAGCGCAAUCAAACACUGCAAUUUCUGUUGCAGCAAUAACAGAAGCUCUUGAAACUAUUUCAUUAAUGACGGAAAACAACAGAAACAUCAGCGGCCCUACUAACAAUACCAACAAGAACAGCAUUUUAUUUUACUUCAAAACGUGCCAUUGGAAGUUAUGUUCCUUGAGCACAUGGAGCAAGGGAAUGUCCAAAUGUACGAGAAGAGUAUCUUACUGCUUGCUUCAAUGUCGAAUUGCUAGUUAA